AUGGCCAGUUUGCUUGACUCAGAGGCUCAGUUCAUACAACGGACCAUUGACCUGAAGCUGUCAGAUGAAUUGAAGCGUGGAUUGGUCAGGGCUGGAUUAAAAACGUUCGGAACCUUCGCCUAUGCACAUGGCCAACCUGGUCAAAACAUAUCAGACGAGAGCUUUGAAACAUGGGUCACUGGGCAGCUCCUGACAGGUGCAACAAUCGCAGACAUCGCCGGUGCCAAGAGGCUGCUCUUCGAGAGCCAAACCAUCGUCCUGGCAUCUCUGCAGGACCAAGUCAACACUACAGACAGUUCGGCGAUCAAAAAGGUGCCCAUUGCAGAGCGGGAAUCCAAAAUGAGGGCAAUCAAAAAGAGGUUGACGGGCCUACUCAUCGAAGGGCCGCUUGAACCUGGACACGGCCUUUUGGACACUACAGCCAGUAUGAUGCAGCUCAAUGAAAUCAAAUACAUUCCUCCCGAAAAAUGUAUUUCAAGGACUCAUGAAGUGAUGAAUCAGAAGUCCCCCACGAAGCAGCUGGACAUUUCAGCGGAGAACUUGAUUGUGAAGGAAAAGCAGGAUACUCCAGAUAUGACAGUUACAUCAGCGCUUCAAGUCCAAGAAGCCCUUCAAAGGCGUGGCAUAGCACUGGUGUUUGCAGAUCUAAUUACCCAUGAGAGCUAUACCAGGUAUCUGACUACACUUUUUGGGCAUUUGCACAGAGAUCCACCGGCGGGCUAUGCGAGGACCACCGUGAGUCAGCUGGUUUCUGCGGACAAAACAGUAUGGCAGAUGUUGUUGGAGGAAGGAGUUCAACCAAAAAGAGAUGAGAUGGGCACGUUGGCCUUAGACACAAAGCUCAUGGAGAGUCUCCAGAGCUACCGUGUGUCGUUCUCCCUGUUACCGUUGAUUGCGAAAAGGGACAACGCACCAAGCCCAACCAAGACUUCCAAGACGGCUACAAGUCAUGGUGGUAAGGGUGCCACUGCUUCAGUACUUCAGUGCAAAAGCCUUGGAUCAAGCCCAAGGGUGGGAAGAAAGGUGGAAAAGGGAAAGUUCGUGUUCCCAACCAUAUUUUCAAGUUGGGAGGUACAGCUUCGAAUCCCUCUGGUGAUGCAAUUUGCUUUGGAUUUAAUAGCGGCUCUGGGUGUGCAGAUGCUGCGGACGGUGCAAAGUGCAGGCGAGGAUUGCACAUCUGUGCAAAGUGUUAUGGAGUGCACAGUAUCCAAAAACAUGAGUCAAGUUGACUCGGUGGCCAACGAGAUUGCGGAGUUGGGCCUCAAAGAGUCCUUUGGGGUCGACCAUGUCUUGGAUAAGGAACUGCAUGGCACAGAAGUGACACUGAAAUCCAUGCGAGCAGCAGCAACAGCACAACCGAAGGCAUCUAAAAUGCCACCUGUGGUGCGUGAACACAAGUACGUUGUUUUGGUUACGGGGCCCUAUGCGGAUUUGUGCACAGAAAUAUUGGUGGAUGUGGGAUACCCUGACUUGGGAGUUUAUGAAGAACUAGUGAAUGGAACGGAGCUUGUGGGCGAGGUGAAACCGUUUGGCAUAUUUGAGAAGGCUUUUAGGCCAGCAGAAAUCACUACGGAACAGCUGAAAGCGUCUGGAAGAGCGGCCAGGCUCUUGAACUUUUACAAGUGCUCGUCUUCAGGCGAUGCUGAGGUUGAUGAUGUUGUCUACAACAAGACACUUGAGGAGGUGGAGCUUGGGUGGGCUCUAGGCCCUAUGGAGCUGAGUGAUUUGCCACCUGACGCUGUCGUCAGCAAAAGAUUUGGUUUGAAGCAGCCAGCAAAGAUUCGACUUAUUGAUGAUUUGAGUUCAAGCAAAGUGAAUCAGACGGUGCAAACAGCUGAAUCACCGAAACCACAUUCAGUGGAUUUCAUCGCAGCUAUGCUUUUGGAAGUAUUGAAGUUCAAUAAAGGGGUACAACUUUUUGGACGCUCAUUCGGCUUGAAAAGUGCGUACAAGCAACUUGCCAUUGCGGAAAAGUCAUUGUCAUUUGCGUUUGUAGCGGUCUACAAUCCAAGGUUGGGCAAGGCUGAACUGUUUCAGCUUCUGGCUGCACCGUUUGGUGCAACCAGAAGCUGGAAGUUCGCAGAGGAAGGCGACAAGGCAGAUGAUUUUGCAAAGGAGUUUGGAGCACUUGGCAUUCGCAUUAUUCUGGAUAAUUCAGCGGCUGGUUUGGUGAAGUUCACCAACACUGAGAAAAGGUUACAAACCAUUCGCUGA